ACAAGACACAUUCAUUAUUAUUGCCUUUUGUAAAUCUGAAAGUGCGAUCUUUCCUCAAGUUUUACCCAGAAAAGGCAAAUUUUAUAUUUGAAAAAAAAAACCCUUGUGCAGGCGCAAGAUACACGAAAGAGAGAGAUGCUUCGCCUUCUUAUUUUGGCUUCUCACUGCGUGUUUAUGGCUAGUAAUUUACACGUUUGAGGUUUCCUCGUCUUCUUUCGUGUUGGGUUAGGGUUUUCCGCUCCUUUCUUUCUUUCUCAGGCUCCAUGGAUAGCCCACAACGUCGUGGUUUCUAUGGUGGUGGAUCCAUCAGAUCAAGAGAAGGGGUUUCAACAAGAGUGGGUUCUUCUUCGCAAGAAGAGAUUCAAGUGAGAAUCGAUCCUUUGCAUGCAGAUUUAGAUGAAAAGAUAACUGGCUUGCAUUGGAAGAUCAGGCAAUUGAAAAAUGUAGCUCAAGAAAUAGAGACGGAGGCAAAGUUUCAGAAUGAUUUCAUAAGCCAAUUGCAAACAACAUUGAUGAAAGCUCAAGCGGGGGUAAAGAACAACAUGAGAAGAUUGAACAAGAGUAUUAUUCAGCAAGGCUCAAAGCAUGUUUUCCAUGUUGUUCUAUUUGCAUUUAUAUGUUUCUUUGUGUUCUAUCUCUUGUCCAAAUUUUCCAGGAUGAUGACACAUGGCGAGACACUAUGAGACAUUGCGAGACUUGUAAGGAUAUAUACCGAUUAUAAUUGUUUAUUUUGUAUAGCCGGAUGUAUACCGAUUAUAAUUUUUUAUUUUGUGUAACCACUUUUGCUCAAUGACUUGUAAUUAUCCCCCGUUCUGAUUUA